ACGCAAAAAAUUUCGCCAAAAAGGAAGAAAAUUAUAUUAAUUGUACAAACAACAGUUCAGAGGGAAUGUCAAAACGCAAAGCCGAGGAUACAAGCACCGACAUGGCAGCAGGUGCAGAGAAAAUCAGCACCAAGACAAAUUUUAACAUUGGCUUGGCAGAGCCACUGAAGGACUAUCAGAAGCUGAUAGAGACAAAGGUGCAAGUUGAUGAAAUUGUGGACGAUGAGAUCAUCAAGAAUAAUUUCGAAGGUAUAGCUGCAGCGGCGCGUGACGUCAUCUGGCAGCUGCUAUUUGCCGGCACGGACGGCGACGGCGGCGUCACCACUGAGUCACAGCAGAAGGCAUCAGAGCUGUUGGAGGAAUACAAAGGCGAUGCCACAUUCUACGAUCCGUGGGAGUACAACAAAUGGAUUGGCAAGCUGCGGGAUGAGGUGCUGGCCAAAGAGCUGCUGGACUUUUGGCGCAACACAAUAGUUAAGAAGCAGCUCGGGCCGUGCUGGUCGCGCGACUGUGAUCUGUUUGACAGUGACAGUGAUACGCCGCCGCUGGAGUUUUACGCCCAUGGUGGAUGCACAGCGCCGUUUGCGGCCAGCCUCAAGGUGCGAGCAGCCAACAAUGAGAUCCGUGCAUCGGAUGCCUCCGAUCCGGAGUCAUCCAGGGAGGCGCCUGAGGGUGAGGAGAGAUCUGCAGAGCGCAGUGCCGACGAUGAGGCCGCCUUCACGGGUGUGUUCGACGCCGUAAUAACUCGGAAUCAGCCUCUUAGCGAAUACCGCGACCUCAUGUCGCGCUUUGUGCUGACCGAUGUCAUUGUACCCGAUGAAAUUCAGCAGGCCAGCGUCAAGAAGAUCGCCAAGGCGGCCCAGGACAUCAUCUGGCAGAUACUGUUCGAGGGCAAGCCCUCCCAAGAGGACCAGGACAGCGCGGCCGAUCUGCUGCAGGAGUACAAAACCGAUUCCGGCUUCUAUGGCCCCUGGGACUACAACGAAUGGAUUGUCAAGCUGCGCGAUGAGGUGCUGGCCAAAGAGCUGCUCGACUUUUGGCGUGAGAAGAUCGUUAAGCUGGAGCUGGGUCCCUGCUGGUCACGCGACUCGGAUUUCUUCGAGAACGACGAUGAUGUGCCCCUGGAGUUCUACAACAAGGCUGGCUGCAAGGCGCCCUUCAAUCCACCAGCCGAUGCCUAGGCGGACAGCAGUUCCGCCACUGAAGCCCCCACCACCACUCCAUUGCCUGCAGCUUUUCGUACAUUUUCUCUUACGUUCUCGUUAAGUCUGUGGCAUACAAAUAAGUUUGGCAAACAAUUCUCUUGGUUUGUAAAUUAAAUUAAAUACAUUUGAACAUUUGAGAUGCGUUGCAUAGAAAUGCUACAGGUGUUUCUGAAAUUCCUCGAAUAUAAAAAGUGUCUUUGGCAUUCAAUUCAAAAAUAUUUUACAUUGAAA